UCGAUUUCUCCUCGUGUUUUUGUAACUGCUGUCUAAAGCGGACACUGGUGGAAGCCGUGUCGAGAGUGCGCUCGAGGACAUCUUCCCUGUGGACUCACGCCACGUUGGUUCGUUCGCGCGCGCGACUGUCGCAUUCUCGCGCGUACUCGCGCAUGUUUGUGAUGAGGAGGAGGCGGGAAAUGGCGUCUGCAGACAUGGCCGAUCUGUGACUACAAACUACCGACAGCGACAGACGCCACUGGGCGAGAGCAAGCACUCCGACCUCAGGCGGGCGCUGUCAGGCAGAUUCCCAGCCGCAGAUCUGAAAACGCCGCGGGACGUUUUGGAAGGGCUUCGUCCAUUUUCUAUCCUUCUAUGUGAUGCUUGAGCAUGAUGCGGCUGAGAGCGCGUAAAGCUCCUCAGCAGCCCACCUUAGGCCGUCGAGCCCCAACGUCCCAGGUGAAAAGGAAACGCUGUGCAGUGGCGGCGCACCCACUGAGAGCCCGAGGCAGAAUGCCGAAGAAUGAAACGGGCCUCUUGUCCACCAUCAAGAAGUUUAUCCGGGGUGACCCUGUCAAGGUGGAGCCAGAUAUUCCUGCCAAGAGGAGUCGCAUUGAUUGCAGCAGUAAAAGCGAUCUCAUCACUUCAGUACCACAAACACGAGGCCUUGCCAACAAAACCGUUUCUCGAGUUUGCCGAAAAAGUUCAAUUAAAGAUCCAAUAACAUGCAGCGGCAAACCUCUAAAACCAAAUGGCAAACUAGAAGCUUCAGUUGAGGCGGCGAGCAGUCCUCCACACACCACCCUCCUCGGAACUAUCCUCUCUCCCGUUUUCAACUUUUUCUCACCAGCGACCAAAAUUGCUACGCCUGGUUCAGACUCCCCAGGCCAAGCCAUGGAGGCAGAGGAGAUAAUGAAGCAGCUUGACAUCGAACAGGCCAAGGAAAUGCCCAGCAGCACGCUCACGUCCUCGGAGGGCAUCACCGCUUGUCACGGCAGCCCGCCGUUGCCGCAGAGGCUUCAAAUGAGCGCCGACUCCACCGUGGAGGAUGGCGAGAUUGUGACUGAAAGCGACAUGCCCUCGUUAAGAGCUCCUCCUGGUUGUUUGCCAGAUGGCAGCUAUCCACACACGAUACCCUCCGCCCCCGCAGAGCCGUCGUACGAGGAAGACUGGGAAGUGUUUGACCCGUACUUCUUCAUCAAGCACGUGCCACCACUGACAGAAGAGCAGCUGACACGCAAACCAGCACUACCUUUGAAGACACGCAGCACGCCUGAGUUUUCACUCGUCCUCGAUUUGGAUGAAACUUUAGUUCACUGCAGUUUGAACGAACUGGAAGAUGCCGCACUGACGUUCCCUGUGCUCUUUCAGGACGUAAUAUACCAGGUGUAUGUGCGAUUAAGGCCGUUUUUCCGGGAGUUUCUCGAGCGCAUGUCUCAAAUGUAUGAGAUUAUUCUCUUCACGGCGUCCAAGAAAGUGUACGCCGACAAGUUGCUCAACAUCCUUGAUCCCAAAAAGCAGCUGGUCAGACACCGUCUGUUUCGUGAGCACUGUGUGUGUGUCCAAGGAAAUUAUAUAAAAGACCUCAACAUUUUGGGACGAGAUCUUUCCAAGACGAUAAUAAUUGACAACUCACCUCAAGCCUUCGCCUAUCAGCUCUCCAAUGGGAUCCCAAUCGAGAGCUGGUUCGUGGAUAGAAAUGACAGCGAGCUUCUCAAGUUGGUUCCUUUCCUCGAGAAGCUGGUGGAGCUGAACGAUGACGUCCGACCACACAUCAGAGAGCGCUUUCGCUUGCACGACCUCUUGCCUUCAGACUGAGCAGCUGGCAUCCGCAACAACGGGAAACCCCGCCCCCUCCCCUCCACACGGAAUGAUGAAUUCAAUGGAUUUCUCGAUAAACUCCACAUUGAGAUUGAUUUUUCUUUUAAAAAAAAGAGAAAAGGAUGCAAAAAAAGUGAAAUGGAUGUUUUUAUCCAGAGACACUAAUAUUGUGACUGAUAUGCUUGCUGCAGCGGGCUAGCUUCUAUGGAGGUGUUUUGUCUGCCAUUUUGGAUCGACAAAACUGAAUGUGUUUGUGUUCGGCCAGUCAGACUUGUAUUAUAGUUACUAUUUUCUUGUAUAUACAGUACAUGUACAGAUUGUGUUUGGGUUUUUUUCCCUUCAAAGUUUUUAAGUCUUAUGUUGAGAUUUUAGUUUGGAUACUUUGCUUUUGUUUUUUAAGAAAAGGAUUAUAUUAGUGUAUUAUGGUUGCAGUAUGCCUGCUUUACUUCUGUGAUGCUUUACUCCAUUACAUGCAGUUGUCAGUUUAAAAGGUGCAGUUAAAAAAAAAGUUCUUAAUGUUUUAAGGUUCUGUAAUGUAAGAUAGACUAGACUCUUAAAUGAAUACAAAGCCAUAAUGGCCACUCCCUCAUUUUGGAGAUUUCUACUUGCCACCUUGCUCGACAAAGGGCUUUGACAUCCAGCCCUUUUGUAAGCUGAUUCCACACCCGUCAGAUUUCUAAACAGGUGAACUAACGCCUCAGUUUGAGGAGGGGGAAAAAAAGACUUAACACCAGCCAUUGCUUUGGAGUCCUGUUUUCUGGGACAUCUGUUGGCGUUACAAACAAGUUUUAUUGACUCUUGAAUGAUCAAUCAUGUUGUAUUCAGUGUUAUUCAAUGGUUUUCCAUGAAAAUAAAUAUGUUUUUAUAGGA